GCCGACGGCGUCCUGCGUCGUUACUUUUGAAACGAGUGGCGGGGAACUGCUCUGGAAACCCCUGGUGUUGCUGUCUGCCGGGUGGAAGCGCGUGCCUUCAUCCGUGGGCCUGGCCAUGGCGCUGCAGCUCUCCCGGGAGCAAGGCAUCACUCUGCGCGGGAGCGCCGAAAUCGUGGCCGAGUUCUUCUCAUUUGGCAUCAACAGCAUUUUAUAUCAGCGUGGCAUAUAUCCAUCCGAAACCUUUACUCGAGUGCAGAAAUAUGGACUCACCUUGCUUGUAACUACUGAUCCUGAACUCAUAAAAUACCUAAAUAAUGUGGUGGAACAACUGAAAGAAUGGUUAUGCAAGUGUUCAGUGCAGAAAUUGGUGGUAGUCAUCUCAAAUAUUGAAAGUGGUGAGGUCCUUGAAAGAUGGCAGUUUGAUAUUGAGUGUGACAAGACUGCAAAAGAUGACAGUGCACCCAGAGAAAAGUCUCAGAAAGCUAUCCAAGAUGAAAUCCGCUCAGUGAUCAGACAGAUCACAGCUACAGUGACAUUUCUGCCACUGUUGGAAGUUUCCUGUUCAUUUGAUCUCCUGAUUUAUACAGACAAAGAUUUGGUUGUACCUGAAAAGUGGGAAGAGUCAGGACCACAGUUCAUUACCAAUUCUGAAGAAGUUCGUCUUCGUUCAUUUACUACUACAAUUCACAAAGUAAAUAGCAUGGUAGCCUACAAAAUUCCUGUCAAUGACUGAGGAUGAGCUAAAGACAGUAAUGUACUUGUAUCCUCAAAUGUGGUUUUCCUGAAACCAAAUCAACUUUAGUUGAUAUACUUCAUUGGUUAAUUUUUAGAUGGGGAAAACUUAACAUUAUACUUUACUGAAUCUGUGCAUAAUUGUUCCAUUCCUUGGUACCUGUUUCACUUUCCAUAGGGCUGAUGUAAGUUAUUGCACACUGUUGCAAAGGGAACUAGCAGAUUUCAUUAGCAUUGUAAUGUCAGUUCCUUUGAAGGUAGUACUGUAGAUGGAAAAACUUUUGCCAUAAAGCUAAAUGUCUUUCUAAAUCAGACCUUUUGGUCAAGCAGCUUGACUCAGAAUAUACAGAAAUAUUUAAAUAUAAAAUAGAACAAAAGAAAUAUGAAUAUUCAGAAUAUUUGUUUAGAUCCUGAAAGUAACUAAUGAUAGUCCAUAAGUAAUAAAAUAUUGCUCUUAUUAGGUCCUUUUGCCAUUUAUUCAUUUGUAUAGUUUACAUAUUGAAAAAUUUUCCAAUUACUUGAUUUUAAUUUAUAUAACUUGAACCCAUGAAGCUAUGGAUAUUCCUACUGUUCAAAUUGCUAUGAUACCAAACUUUUAAGAAUGUCCUUUUAUGUUUUAUAAAAUCAAGCUUUAAAUGACAAUGAUGAAAUAAAGUUAAAUGUGUAUGUUUUAAAUUUGUCUUGCAAUAUUUUUAUAUUGGUGUGGUGUUAAUACAGCUAAAUAGUUAUGAUGCAUUAAGUACAGCAUAUUAUUUCUUGUGCCUACUAUGGUUGUAGGGCCUAAGAAUUCAAAGUUGAGUAAGUCUUGAGGUACUUUCAAUCUAAUGGACAAGCUUUUAUUGUACCCCCUUCAUCUCAUAACAGUAGAUUUAAAAUAAACAUUCUUUUUGUAAAAUGAUAAA